AUGGCUCCUGACAACUACACACUGAACGAUGUACUGGUCGUGUCCAAAUUCCAUCCCUUCUAUGACCGAGACGUUCAGUAUCCACCGGACUCCGAGACCAUCCAGAAAAUCUUGCAGCAGUCAAGGGAGCAGCCGGCAGUUGCAAGCCCAAGAUUGCAGCCUCUGCUCCGGAAGAAAGACCUCUACGUCACUAUUGAGCGUCUCGUCAACGAUCCGAGCCCCCAAAACACGUACCGUCACAGUGUCUAUGCGAGCAUCACGGGAGGCGGGUUUGGAUCAAAGCCCUUGUUCUUCGCCACCGAUGUGCAUGAGAACCGCAGACACAGGGCCCAGUUCGGCCGCCUUCUUCGAGCUACCGGAGUAGUCAAGCAUGGAGACUGGAUCCUCACCACUCACUGUGCCGGUGAGCUCUACAGAUCCCUAGAUCUUGUGCUGGAGAUUCUGGAGAACGCCGGGGCCUCUGUCCUCAGCGCCGGAAACCACAUGUCGCCCGAAGACAUCAUUCGUCUGCUGAUCAAGUACCACAUCAACGUCCUGACUGGCGACAGCAGCCAGGUGGCCCAGAUUAUCCACAAGGUAUCGGCCCUCCCAGAGGAAACACGCGCUCUGUUGAGGCUGGACAAGAUAAUCUACACCUCGGAGGUGCUUACUGCCGCCCAGAGAGCACACAUUAAAGCUGUUCUUGGCAACAAUGUCAAGAUAUGCUCCAUUUUGGGCAGCGCUGAAGCAGGUCCCUGGGCGCUGAGCAACCCGGACCUUACAGGAGAGGAGACGCACACGGGUGAAGCAAACUUCAUCUUUGACACCCGCGCCAUGCUGGUCGAGAUCGUUUCCGCUUCAUCCCAAGACGAUGGCUCCGACCCUGCUCCCGUGCCCGAGGGGCAGAAUGGCACCGUCGUUCAAACAUCGCUGUCGCGCCUGCGCCAUCCCCUGGUGCGCUAUGAUACAGGUGACAUCGGAUCUCUUCAUCCCCUUCCCGUCACGGCACGACCCUUGCUGCCCGAGGAAUACUGGCCGUUCUUGCGCGUCCUUCGCUUCCAAGGCCGAGACCGCCGCUUCAGCUUCGAAUGGGAUGGCGAGUACCUUGAUUUUGCAGGCCUGACGGCUUUGCUCAAUGCUGAGGAAUGUGGCGUCCUCCAGUGGCAGAUCAUCUUGGACAAACUGGAGCCAUCUUUGGAGUCGUCCCUCGAGGUUCGGCUGCUGCGCUCUCCACCAAGCGCGAAGCUUCUGCCGGAGCAAGACCUCGCGGAGCAAAUUAGAACCUUUGUGCAUGCGUAUUCCGCCAACGAACACCGAUUUCGACUUGUUCUUGUCGAGAAUCUAGACGGUUUCGAGCGAAGUUCUACCGGAAGAAAAGUCAUCAAGUUUAUAGAUCGCUACAAUACUUAG